UUAUACUCUUCUAUUUAUCUUCAUUUUCACAGUCCCAAUCAAGGAGAAUAGGAGGGGAGGGGGAAAUAAAAACAAAACACACACAUACACUUACACACAAAAUCAUAAAUCUCUCUCCGUAGCUAAAUAAGUACUUAGUAAAUGAGGAAGCCUGAGCAUAAUGUGGGGAUGGUGAAGGAGAAAGUGGGAGUGAAGGCGAAGCUGAGGAAGGGGCUGUGGUCGCCGGAGGAGGAUGAGAAGCUGAUGAAUUACAUGGUGACGAAUGGGCAAGGGUGUUGGAGCGACAUUGCCAGAAACGCGGGGCUGCAGCGCUGUGGGAAGAGCUGCCGCCUGCGUUGGAUCAACUAUCUUCGCCCGGAUCUUAAGCGCGGCGCCUUCUCCCCUCAGGAGGAGCAUCUCAUCAUCCACUUGCAUUCCAUUCUUGGCAACAGGUGGUCUCAAAUCGCAGCCCGUCUUCCCGGAAGGACUGACAACGAGAUCAAGAACUUCUGGAACUCAACAAUCAAAAAGAGGUUAAAGAAUGCCGGCAACACCACUACCACCACCACCACCUCAUCGUCUCCGAACAACAGCGACUCCUCCGACCACCACCCCCUCAAGGCCGGAGGGGCCACCGUGUUCAUGCAAGAGUACGAGGUAGCCGGCGUCUGCAUGGACUCCUCGUCUUCCUCGUGCUCGUCCCUCGCCACCCAAUUCGGCAACCCUUUCAUCCCCCUCAUGGAUCAUCACCACCACCACCACAACAACAACAACAUAUUCGACAUAAACGGCGUCGUUCCAAUGUUCAAUUUGGGACAUGAGGCUGGUGUGGAAACCCUAGGGGGGGCUUUGGGGGACUAUGGGGCAAUGGAGCCCUAUGUGAUGGGAUUGGAAAAUGACCUUUCUGUCCCUGGAUUGGAAGUUAACAACAACAACACUACUUCCAAUUAUGACAAGAACAUUAGUGUCAACGAUGCCCAUUAUCUUAGUAACAAUAAUAACAAUAAUAAUAAUGAUCAUGGAAGCAUCAAAGUAGAGGAAUUGGUUGGGGUUGGGAAUCAUUGGCAAGGAGAAACCUUCAAAAUGGGAGAAUUGGAUUGGGAGGGUUUGUUGGCUAAUGUCUCCUCCUUACCUUACCUUGAUUUCCAUCUUGAAUAAUCCACCCACUUAAUUUCUCUUUGUCACCUUCAAUUAUCUACCCAAAUCUCUUCUUGUUUGUUUUUUGUCGAUCAAUAAAUCCCUUCUAGGCAAAAGUGGGUAGCUAGGAUUGAGACACGUCACUCUCCGGGAGAUUAACGUCUUUCUGCGAAGCAAAUGUGAAUAGUCAAAAUGGAUUUGUCAGACGUUAAAUAACAGAAUAAAGGAUAUAAUCUACAUAUAUAUAGCAGUUGUAUUUUUGAAUUUAUGUAUUUUUAGCAUUUUGUAUAGAUAAAUCAAUAAUUUGUUAGCAUGUAUGUGGAGCACUGUACUACGAUAUUCCUGAAAUUGUUUUUAGUUGCUAGCAUAGCUUCCUCAAAAGUUGUAACUAGUGUAUUUUUUUUGCUUUAAUUUUUUAUCUAUCAAGUCUUCAUUUCCUGUU